UUGUUUUGUCGCCUGCGGCUGAAGUUCGAACGCAGCCGCAGCAGCCGGAGGCGACGCGGACUCAGAGGAUUCGGACCCCGGCUCUUUGCACCGAGAGGGAACUCGUGUCCUCAGAGCAGAAACUGUUUUACUCCUCUCGGUCUUUUCCGUGAUUCAGAAACUCUGCAGCGGACUCACGUGUUUCCACCAUCAGCUUUUCACUGUGCUCUCUCUCCGCUCCACGUUUCUCUCUCUCUCUCUCUCCUCAGUCGCGCGCUGAGUUUCCUCGAGCCCUCAGAAGGUUUUUUGAAGUGUCCGGUGUUGCGGUGACACGCGCAUCUCCCCGCGGUGCUAAAGGAACGGAAGGAGGCGAAUUGCGUGUUUGUGCGGGAUGAGAAACGUGCGGAUCUGAGGGGAUCUCAUCUCUGCGUGGAAACAGUUGACGAGUCUGAGCUGAUCCGUCUUCCUGAAAAAAGUUCAACCAAAAUGGAGAUUUUCUUGGUGUGUGUGUUUCUGAAGCUGCUCCUGAUGUCCGCUGCUGCCAGGGGCCCCCCCAGGGUGUCGGAGGAGGUGGCCCACCGUCAGAGCAUCCGCAUCGGCCGCACCAUGAAGCUGCCCUGUCCCGUGGAGGGCGACCCCCCGCCGCUCAUCAUGUGGACCAAAGACGGCCGCAACAUCCACAGCGGCUGGACGCGGUUCCGGGUGCUGCAGCACGGCCUGCGGAUCAAAGAGGUGGAGACGGAGGACGCGGGGACUUACGUCUGCAAGGCCAUCAACGGCUUCGGCAGCGUGAACAUCAACUACACGCUUAUCAUCAUAGAUGACUCCGGCUCGAGAGGCGGAGCGGGGACGGCCAAUGGCGACGCCGAACACGCCCCGGAGCUUGCUGGGAAACUGGUGCGUCCACGUUUCACCCAGCCGGCAAAGAUGAGGAAGCGUGUCAUCGCUCGCCCGGUGGGCAGCUCGGUGCGUCUGAAGUGCACGGCCAGCGGGAACCCUCGGCCCGACAUCGUCUGGCUGAAGGACAGUCGGCCGCUGGCGGAAGAAGACGGGGGAAAAGACGGGAAGAAGAAGAGGUGGACUCUGAGUUUGAAGAACCUGACCCCGGAGCACAGCGGCAAAUACACCUGCCACGUCUCCAACCGAGCAGGAGCGAUCAACGCCACCUACAAAGUGGAAGUCAUACAGCGUACCAACUCUAAACCCGUCCUGACCGGCACUCACCCCGUCAACACCACCGUGGACUACGGAGGAACCACGUCCUUCCAGUGUAAAGUCCACAGUGACGUCAAGCCGGUCAUCCAGUGGCUUAAAAGAGUCGAGCCCGGUGACGAGAACCAAUUCAACACCACCAUCGAGGUUGGAGACCAUCGCUUUGUGGUCCUGCCGACAGGAGAGGUGUGGUCGCGCCCCGAUGGCUCUUACCUCAACAAGCUGCUGAUAACCAGAGCCAAGGAGGAGGACGCCGGCAUGUACAUCUGCCUGGGAGCCAACACCAUGGGCUACAGCUUCAGGAGCGCUUACCUGACGGUGCUACCAGAUCUGAAGCCCCAAAUCAACUCUCUCCCCACGGCGACCUCCCCAGGUCUCCCCUGGCCCGUCAUUAUUGGAAUACCCGCAGGCGUCGCCUUCAUCUUAGGCACCGCCCUCCUCUGGUUCUGCCAAUCAAAACGCACCUGCUCCUCCUCCUCCUCCUCCUCCCCGUCUUCCUCCUCCGCUCUGCCCGCCACCCAGCGUCUACCGGCGGCCAAUCGCGAUCGAGCGUGCCCGACGCUGCCCGCCCAGCCGGCCAACGGGGAUAAGGAUUCCGUUUCGUACGAGGACUACGUCGCCCAUCAGCAGCUGCUCCAGGCUCAGGGGGGGGCCCCGGCGGCUCCGAAGGUCUACCCGAAGAUCUACACGGAUAUUCACACGCACACGCACUCGCACGUGGACGGGAAAGUGCACCAGCACCAGCACAUUCACUACCAGUGUUAGCAGCGAGGCUACGGCAGCGAGCGUUGGGUGUUUUUUUCGCCUUCAACUCUCGUUCCUGUGCACGUAGACUCCCAACAGUCCACACUAACUGCUGACUAUACGGAACAACCACGAAGAGAGCAAAGAGACCGUGAGGAAGGAUCACAGGAUCAUUUCUCCCUCACUUUGCUGCAGCCGUGGACUCGAGACACAAACGAUGAAGAAUGUAAAGAGAGAACUCAAAGAUCUUUAUUUUUGAACCACGUCAUCGCAGAGAAAGAACCCAAAGAACCUGUUUGAACCAAGCCUCCUGUGGAAUGGAACCUCCUGUGUACAUGUAUAAAUCUCUCACCGUGUUGCUCAAAGGCCUCGUGAAGCUACUGGGAACUCACAGUUUUUUUACAGCAAACCAGCAAUUUAUCUGCCUCUGUUCUUUCAGUACAACCACAACCUCCUCGGUAUGAACACAGCUCACUGUUCACUACCAGCCUCCAAAUAUAGCUACUCGUGUAUAUAGUGGAAUAUGAUUAUACGGCUUCUAGCAUGCUACGUCGUUCCUGGAUAAUCUAUAAAGAACAUAUAGCAUGUGUGUAAUGUAAUAGCGUAACUUCAGAGUAUAUCGGCCCGACUGAGCCAUAAGAACCAGGACUGGAGCCUGACUCCCCCGAGCCGGCACCUCCAGCGGAGAUCAGGCCCACCGGGUUUUCCUUCAGGCCGACAGCUGUUCUCAUAAGUGUUCCAGCUUCUAUCUGCUGGAAAAGAGCUGAUUUCAAUCUCUCUGCAGCUACGAUGGGAUUUCUGAUAAAACCGGGGACCCCCCCCCCUCUCCCGACAGGGGCUGCGGAAGUAAUCAUUAGAUCUCUCCGGACUCGGGAUAAGUCCUUUCCGCCCCCUUUUCUCUACUUCCUGCAGAAUGGUGGCAUUUCCUGUUUGCAUUGUCUCCCUUAGCGGCUUGUGUCUGAUGCUUGCAGCCUUGCUAGAGGGGUUGAGGGAUAUCGGCUCUCGUCGUGUCAUAGGCACAAAGGGAUCAUCGGCGAGGCCUCGGUGUCAAAACGCUGCCUCCGGAGAAGUGCUUCCAGAUUUCACGGCUCACACUCGGCUCUGCAGAUAAAUCACAGGUCCUUGUUAAUCUGCUAUAUGGUUUAGAGGGCUUGAGAAAAAGACAAGAGACUUAAACUAUUUAACUCGAGGAUGAGACUUGCAAACUCUUCAGGCACCUCACAGGUCGAGCUGUUUGUGUUUGGGCCUCGACAGACUGCCCAGCGCAGGGCUGCCUGUCAACCCUGAUUAAUAACAUGGAAAAUGUCACUUAAAGACACUUCAAGGGUAAAAUAAUGCAUUUCAACUGGUAACUGAGUGGAAAACCAAUAUCUGUGUCAUUACAUCGAGUGUCUCCACAUUUCAUAAACAUGGCUGGCACAUUUUGUAUCCAGUCGUCUGCAGAGUUGACGCUUACUUUACAAACUUCCUUGAUAGAUUUGAAAUAAUAAGAUCUAAAAAUGUGGAUUUUUAUGGCUCACCAUGGUUUCAUAGUUACUGAAUUCCAAAGCUCCGACACUGCCAGAGGUUUUGUGUUCACCCAUUGAAAUACCUGAUCCUCCCCUGAACUCAACUGACUCAGCUUAAUAGAUUUUUCCCUCCUUAAACGUUUAUUGCACUUUUUUAAGAUGCAUUCUUCGCUAUAUUGAAUUUUCAACUGCAGUGCCUUCAAUCACCCUGAUGAAUUAAAGUUGUAAGUGUUAUUGUGAAACACCUUAAAAAUACUUUAAAGGUAAAAUAAUGCAAUAUAACUGGUAACUGAAUAGACUUUCAGUUUUGUUUGCAUUACAUUUAGAGCCGUGGCAGCACCCACUGUGCGUCUACUCACUUAUAAACUCGUAUUUACCACCAAUUGAACAAACCUUACCCUACCCCACCAAGUUUUCAUAUUUACUCCAGGCCAAGUGAGGAAUUCAUUAUUUGAACUAUCUAGACCUCUCCAACGUUUGCUGCACAGUUAAUGGGUCUUUCUUUAAUGAAUGGAACUUGGUGAACUGAGUAGGUCGCUCUUCCUCGUGGACAAGUGUCCGGCAGAGUUCUGAUCUGCCAAAUUGGAAACAUCUAUUUUUCUGAGUGGAGACUUCUACGCACCACUGAGGUCAAGAGCAGCUGUAAGGACCAAAGAAAUGAGUGCACGGAGAUCUGAGGAUGUUUUACUGGUCAGUGAAAGCUUGAGGAGGAGAGGCCGGAUAUUAUAUUUGUGAUGAUAAAUGGAAGUUGUUGGGUCGUUUGUUUAAACUUGUUAAGAUUGACCAGCACUUCAGAUCAGAAACUAAAUCAUCUUUAAACUCCACUACAUCCGGGUUCUUGUUAGGAUCUGCACCAAAUUACUCACUCUCAUAAAUACAUACAUAUUUUUCAUCAAGAUCCAUUAAUUAUUUGCCUGGAAUUUGGGGGAAAUGUCCUGUAAUAGAAUAUUUAAUACAUUUCACAGCAUAACAAUUAUGAUUGAUUCUUACUCAGCUGCGGCUGAGGGCAAUUUGCUUGUACCACUGAAAGAUUCAAGCAAGAGCCCUGAACAAUGAAAUCACAUUUCAUUUAUACAAGUUAGACCCCUCCUCACGCAGGUUGGAAUGUUUAUCCAAUCAGCUCUCUGCUUUGUUGUGACCAGGCUUAGAUUUGGUCACCUUCAAUCUGAAUGAGGACCCCUUUGAAAGUUACACAAUACAAUGUCAUCAGGCAUCUGCUCAGUCCCCCAAGUUUGGAAACCUGUUUCUCAGACCCCUGUCCAAGCAAAUACACAUCUGAGCAAAGGAAGUCACAUCUGAGUCUCCUAAGCUGACCCCCACAUGUUCGCAGUCUUAAACACAGAAAACCUAUCAUAAGUAUAUACUUGUCAUUUCUUUCAUUAAACAUAUCUCAAUAUAAAAUCUGCCACCACAGUCCCAAAACUAGAUGAAAAAGUGAAAAAGGUCCUCGGUGGAGGUGAACAAACCCCCACAGUCCACAGCCAUCCACACCACCCGCUCUUUCUCAGGUGUCCAUCUCCUCGUUCCUGUGUGUUCGUGAAUCUGACCACUAAAUGAAAACUGUGUAAAACGAUACGCUGUGAUAAGAUUCAGCUCUCAGCUGUUUUACGUUACAGGUUUCCCUCACUCAGAAGUGAGGCAGCUGUGCAGAGACGUUUUAAUAAGAUACAAAAAGUGGGGGAAAUGUAGAAAUGUACUGUAUAUAUGUGAAAUAUGAAAGAAGCUGUAGGCUUGUUAUGUAGUUUUAUAUAUUUGUACUGUAAUUAGUAAACAGCAGGCGUUCUCCAGGACGUCUGAAGUACAACAGUGAGAACUUUAAACAGCCAUGUGACAGGAAGUGAUCUAUUGAAAUCACCUGGUUGCACAUGGGAUCGUUUUCUUCAGCAUUUAUUUUUGCACAUAAAUCUUUAAACUUAAAUAGAGAAAUGUACAAGUGUAUGAAUAUGGAUUAAUAAAUAUACGCCCAUUUUGUUAAAAUAAUACUCACAGGUACGUUUUGAAGUUGCCCUCAAGAAAAUUAGUUUGAUACCUGUGGAGUUCUCGAUGUGAUUGUACUGACAGAUAUGUUUUUUAUUAAUAAAGUAAAUGCAGCCCACAGAUAAUCUAGACAUCAUCUGUACGACAGGUAACAUUAACAGCAUCUACUGCAUUUCAAAUCUGAACCUUAGUCCUGCUCCCGUACUGAGGAGUCCACGCUCUUGAAUGAAGAUAAAAAUAAACCCAGAUGUUAUUGGACGGAUGAAAACGUCACUCAUUUCUUUCAUUGUUCUCAUGUUACAUGUUCAAACCUGUGAGUUUGAUGUGUCAAAGCUAAGGGACUGCCAACAGACUGUGUGUACGUGCACACACCACUAGUAUGUACAUGAACCGGCAUUAGUGUGAAAAAUAAAAUAUUAGUAAAUGCUUAUAGAGUAAAUGCUUCAGACCGUAAAGUAGCUCGAGCAACACAUCGGCCCAUGAAACUUUGUAAACGCUAAAUUGUCUCAACGUUCAAAAAGGUUUGUGCUUCUUCAAGUGUGCGUCUAAUUUAUUUUCUUCAAAACAUGUUUGUUAUUUUUCAUAUAAUUGGGCAUUAUACUGCAUGAGUGGAUUUUGUGUUAUAGUCAUAAUGUAAGCUAUGUAGCGAAGGCCAUGUUCAUGUCAUUGUAAGAUACUGUAUUUAUAUAUGCCGACAGAAUAUACAAAAUGUUUAUCGAUAAUCUUUGUAUCGACAAUCUUGUACAGUCCCAUCAUCGUCAUUUAGGAUACAAAAUGAUUUUCUCCCUUUGUAAUCACGUUACUGGUGCCAUUAAAAGAAAUAACUAAA